GGGAAAUCCAAAGUAUUUUGGGAUGGAUCUUGAUCAGCGAUGAUGGCAGAACCAAUUUCUAGAUGUAACCCUAAUGAUGUUGUGUGCGAACACGCUACACGCACGAAUGAGUCUCCGUCGACUCCUUCGACUCGACUGGCUCGAAAAGAUCUUUUCUUGAUUGAUGACGAGGCAAUCGCCAUCAAACAACUGCAAGUUCGGAAACACCAGAAUUGACUGUUGUCCAUUUUCCUUCUGGUUUGUGUUGUCACAGAACAAAAACAACUUCCCAAGUACGUCGUUGAUCUCAUUAGUACUAUAUCAGGCCAGGAAGUGUACAUACAUACAUACAUCAACAGCAUAGCAGGCUUUCACCAUGUUGACCGUGACACCCACCAAUUUGGAUGAAGCGUCUUCGUUUGGAAACUCCGGUGGCACUCACGAUGAUGUAGACUGCAUCAGUGAGGGCUCCCUGGUGAACGAUGAAGGAGAAUGGCGCGUCGUGACAGCGGAAGGUUUGGAAUCCACGCAGGGAGUCCUGAUUCUCGAUGGCGAAGAAGCCUCUCCGACCAGUACCAACAAUACUAAUGGGGAUGCGCUCAACCUGUCUGUUCCUGGUACCGACUCGGUCCCUACCAUUGUGGGAAGUAUCGAUGGAUUGCCUUCCGCCGCCAACAACAACCAUCCGCCAUCGCCAACAGUUACUGAUUUAAACGAGAAUUCCAACGGGGGAGUAGAAGCCACCACACAAACUCUUCCAACUCGAACGCAGGAAGCUUCUACUUCGACUCUCAAUCAUACCAAAGAUUCCAGUACUACUCCUUCCAACAAUACUAAUAAGAGUCGAUUGGUACACUUCUUGGUACCCACAGCCGCUGUGGCGGCUCUCCUGUUCGCCCCCACGAUGGCUUCGGUUCGCCUCUACGGCACGAUUCAACAGUUGCAAGAAGAACACUUUAACCUCCAGGCACAACACUUUAACCUCCAAAACAAAAAGUUGGAUCUAGAAGUCAAACUCAUCCUCAUGACGGACGAAAAGGAACACUUGCACACCACGGUCCAACAACAGGAACAAGAUAUGAUGGAUAUCGAGGCGGAAAAAUGCGACCUCCUUGUCGAAGUGGCUACUUUGCAAGAUCAGGUGGACACGUUGGAACGCAAACACAAGGAAGAUGCACUUCGUUGGGAUGACUGUCACGCCACGGUCCAACAACAGGAGCAAGAUAUGAUGGAUUUCGAUUCGGAAAAAUGGGACCUCCUCGUCCAAGUGGCCAUUUUGCAAGGUCAGGUUGACACGUUGGAACAGGAGGCCGAACGCAAACGCAAGGAAGAAGCACUUCGUUGGGAUGACUGCCAUGAUCCUUCCGACACCGUUGUCUUGGUCGAUAAUUGCUGGCUAUCCGCCAAUGUCCAAUUCGGUAAUUGUGCCAAUGAUGCCAAGGAAGCCGUCAAGAAUCUUUUCGAACACUUUGAUCCUUGGGGAAACAGCAGCACUGAUUUUACCAACAGUUCGACCUGGGCCAGUGCCUUUACCGAGCCGAUUGCUUCCGCUUCCUUUCAACGAAAAGAAGAAGAAGAAGAAGAAUCCGUCACCAAUCUCAUGAAGAAAAAGUUGGACCUCCUGGGGAAGGCUCUCUGGUGGAACGCUUGGGGAAACAGCAGCACUACUUUUUCCAACAGUUCGACCUGGGCUCAUGCCAUUACCGAUCCCUUUGCGUCCGCUUCCUUUCAACGAAAAGAAAAAGAUGAAGAAGAGUCCGUCGCCAAUCUCAUGAUGAAGAAAAUGGACCUCUUGGCGAAGGCUCUCUGGUGGAAUGCCACAACGGCAGAGCAACCACACAAGAAUGCUAGUACUAGUCGGGAGGAGGAUGAAAUCGCCUCGUUCUUUUCCAAAAUGGAAGCCAAUGGCAAGUCGUGGCUGAAAGAAUCGAUUUUCCCCUUGUUUGCUACUUCGGAGGAGCCGCAACAAAAACCAGAGGAGGAUGACGUGUUCGGUGGGUUUUCGGAUUUUGUAGCGGCAGCAGGGAAAUUGACCAAGAUUGCGGGAGAGGCAUUCAUGGCCACGGAAAAAGUGGUAGAGUGGAAUCAGACAUCGUAUACCAUGAACGAUUUGGUCAACCUGGCCAAACACGCCUUUGAAGAAGCAUCACUGACACAGGCGGGUACCGGUAUGUAGUACCGUGUCGUGUGUGCCAGUCAAAUGACAACAAUUAGCUAGAAUGUUCGUAUUGUGUUUAGGAUUACCUGUAUUAUUUGUGCAAACAAUGUGUGGCCCAUCUGACGAUCACAACAGUUACUAGUUGUGCAGUUGCGGCACUACUUGACACGACCGGUGGGUUCGCUUAGUUAGGAGAGGCCAUUGCAAGUUUCCUCUGUGGUUUUUCUUAACCCCGGCGUCUCUGUUUGCCUGCAGACUUACUUCAUUUAUUUUGCAGAGUAACACGCCUAUUCUAGUAUAUCCAAAUAAUGACCUCCCUCUGCAGCACCUGAGCUUGUCCCUUCAUCCCAUGGACAGCCCGAGAUUGUUUUUGACCUUGUGGGGUGGUGCCCAUAGUCGCCCAGUUGAACGACAAGUCUUUUUCGUGAUUGAAUGAUGAAGAUUCGAAGAUUCGAUUGACUUCAAGAGGUCUGAUCCAAUCUAAAUUACAGCUUGACUGGCUUAUAGUGGU